AUGGCCCGCCAAUCACGUCUCGCGUCUGCCCAUGAGAAAAAGAUGACCACAGAACUAACUACCUUGUCUCGGCAGUGGCCCGCUUCGGAUGAGCCGCCUGAAUUUGCUCUCUGGAUGGCAUCGUCAGAAGUUGACCAAAAAUUUCUGGGCCACUUUGCCAAGCACACCAGCCUCGAGAAUCCCUACCUAUCGUCUAUGCUCUACAAAGUGCUUGGACUAUCCGUCAUCUUAUCCAAAAAACUUCUUCGAGCUCGAAAACAACGUCGGCUAGACCCUACCAGAGACACACGUUUAGUCCAGCAGCUCUAUCAUCACAUACUAUGGCUGUCGAGAGAGGGACUCGUGAUGACCGAACAGUACAUCCUGCCAAUGGUCGGUCACUAUGUUGAGCUGAAGGUCCUGUCGUACAAGUUGCGGGCAUCCUUCUACCACAUCUUCGUCCUAUUUCACAACAAGCCUUCCAUCAACCAAGCUUCCGGACCAUUUCCGCUGUUUCCCGAACCACUUUCACCAAGAGUCUCAAGCGGCAAAUCGAAGGUGACCAACCGCGACUCCAUCACCCGUUCUCCGCCUCGUCGACGCUCUCCAACAAACAUAGGCGCACCUGUGGGAGGCGGCCCACCCGGUCUUCCUCCCCCACCUCCCACGGCAUCAAACUCUGGCGACUUCAUUCUUCCAUCGGCUGACUACACUCUUAUUGCAACCUCUGCCUUCAUUACCGCCUCUGACCUCGCCGAAAGCCUGCUCCCAGGUAGCCAUCCCGUCCGACUUUCGGUCAAGCUUGAAUAUGUAGCAUAUCUGUACGAUUGCCUGCACGAGAAGGAGCAAUCGCGUCGUCUAGCCAAACGAACCAUCGCAGAUGUCUACAACGCCCAAGAAGGUAUGGACGACGAGAGCUUUGAAGAUGCGGCGGAGAUGGUGGGGUUACUGGGGAAGAUGAUGAAGCGCGGAUUGGGUGCAGGAGGCAGCGGCAGUGGGAGUACUCGUGGUGGUCUUGCAGGAGGGAGCGGGAGCCAAGGAAGCAGAAGUACUCCGAGGGUUGGUGAGCAACAUGAUAUGGUAACGCCAAUGCUGAAACAAGAAUUGGGGGUCACGCCGCCGAGGGGUUCGGAUGGAAUGCUAAUGGCAGUACCGAGUCCUGGAAUGACGAAUCCGAUAUGA